GCGGCCCGGGUGCAAAACUUUUCGCCGUCUGCAAAGCGCGGCUCGUCGGCAAAACAUUCGUGGAAGCGGCCGGAGUGCAAAGGGACGCGAGGGAGAAGGAGCGCCGUGUCUGCCACAACACGCCACAACUCCGCACUUUUGUUCCUCUUUCAGUCCACACGCGGCUGGUAGAACCGUCUGUGAGCGAUGAUCCGAGCGCACAGCACCAGGGGGAUGUGAACGGUCAUUAGCUUCGCUCCGUAUUGUCUCUGAAGCGUCGAGCUCCAGCGAUUAGCUCCAACUCGCAGAUCCGCGGACACUGUGCUGACCCAGCCUUUAAUCAGAAGAUAAGGAAGACCACUUUUAGCUGUAAGAAGAAAAUAAAAAUGGCGUGCGAGCCGAAUCGUGCCCGUUUGCUGUGUAUGCUCUGCAUGACUUUCGGCUUCUUCAUCGUGGAGGUGGUGGUGAGCCGGAUGACCGCGUCCCUGUCCAUGCUGUCGGACUCGUUCCACAUGCUGUCCGACGUGAUCGCGCUGCUCGUAGCUCUGAUCGCGGUUCGGUUCGCGGAGAAGACCCAGGCCACCAGCAAAAACACGUUCGGCUGGAUCCGGGCGGAAGUGAUGGGCGCCCUGGUCAACGCCGUGUUUCUGACCGCGCUGUGCUUCACGAUCGUGCUGGAGGCGAUCGAGCGAUUCACGGAGCCUCACCAGAUCGAGGGCCCCUUGGUGGUGGCCGGGGUGGGGGCCGCGGGGCUCCUUGUCAACCUGCUCGGCCUGUGCCUGUUCCACGGGCACGCCGACGGGGGACACGGGCAUUCCCACGGCGGAGGGGGAGGGGGGCACUCGCACGGGGGGAAGAGCCACAAGGCUCCGAAGGCCGGUUCCAGUGGAGAGGAGACCAACCACCUGGUGAACCACAGCAGCCCCGGGGACGGACACUCGGAGCGGAAGAAUGAACUGGCGUGCAAGGACAACUCGGACGUGCAGGUGAACGGCAGCCCUCACUACGAGGACCCUAACUCCGCUCAGCUGAACUUACACUUUGAAGAAUUGGACACAGCCCCGGACUCGUCUCAGCUGAACAUGCGUGGGGUCUUUUUGCACGUGCUUGGGGAUGCACUGGGCUCCGUCAUUGUCGUGGUAACCGCCAUCAUCUUCUACUUUGUGUGGACGCCGUGUGGUGACGACGAGAACUGUGUCAACCCUUGCAUCAACCGCCACAGCACGGACCACCGGCACGUCAACCACACCAUUGUUGACCUGCUGGAGGGACCUUCGCCUGUGCACAUGGCUGGACCCUGCUGGGUGCUCUACCUGGACCCUGUGCUGUGCAUCAUCAUGGUGGGCAUCCUGCUCUACACCACAUACCCGCUGCUUAAAGAGUCUGCCCUCAUCCUGCUCCAGACUGUGCCCAAGCAGAUCAACAUGGACAGUCUGAAUGAGCGGCUACUGCGGCUGGAAGGUGUGCUGGCCAUCCACGAGCUGCACAUCUGGCAGCUGGCCGGCAGCCGCAUCAUUGCCACGGCACACAUCAAGUGUCACGACCCCACCUCCUACAUGGAGGUGGCCAAACGCAUCAAGGACUUCUUCCACAACGAGGGCAUCCAUGCCACCACCAUCCAGCCCGAGUUUGUCACCUUCAGCUCAGACAACCGCGACUCUCAGUGUGAGCUGGCCUGUCGGACAGUAUGUGCGCCCAAGCAGUGCUGUGGCAGUGCAGAUAAGGCCGACAGCAAAAAGAACAGUGCUGAGAGCAAGAUGUCUGCCUCCAGUGCUCUGGAAGUGAUCAGUGAGAUGCAGGAGCAGCCCGUCCAAGUAGGGCCCAGAGCAGAGGAGCGCAGGGAGGCUGAGUCCUCUCUGUAGGACCAGUCUAGAUGUUUUAAUCUAGUGUCAGUGCGCUUCAGUGACCUACUCCUAUAUCACUUUUCUUCUUUGUUUCAGCCUGCAGUUAAAUUUGUAAUUUUAUUAGAAAGUAUUUAUGAUCCCAAGUGUUUUAGCUUAAAUUGGAUAAUUUAAACAGGUGAGAUCUAUAUAAUUAUUUAUGCAAACUUACCUGGGUUUGGGUCCCUUUCCUUCAGAGCCAGCGCUCCUGUCCACUUGUCCUGACUUUACAACAACACCUUUUAAAUAUUUGAUUUUGACAUGCAAUUCCACCGAUGGGUUUCUAUUCACUUGAAACGUUAUGCACAAUGUUGAUAUCCUUCUGAAACACGCUGGGACCAAUGUAACAGGAGCAGGAGGCUGUGAGAGCACACCACUGAUGCUCUAUGCUGUCAUUGUCAACACUCCCGAUUUGGAGAAGACGACAGGAGCAAAGACAUGCAAACAAAAACCUGAUGAGCCACUAUAAUGUCUGGUACCCUGUGUGUGGAGACGUUAGCCAUAUUUUGGUUCAUCUCACCUGGACGCUCCUGUCUGCUUCUCCAAACUCACUGUUAUGUAAUUCCUGCAGCACACACCCUCCACCUCUCUUCCUUUCAGAACACCAGGCCUUCAUCAUUUCAAAUAUCUUUUAAAAAGCUACACUGCAAAAAAAAUCAGGCAAAAUCAUUCAAAUUUGGAGUAUGAAUCAGACUUUGGGUAUUUUUGACUUUUAAAUGGAAGUCUAAUUCCAUUAAAUUCUAAUUUGUAAAUCAUUUUAAAGUGCAUUUGAAAGAUUAAUAUACUUUUUAAAUGAUGACUUGGUAUGUUGGAAUAGUACCUGCAAUAAAUAUUUACAUCAGUUAAAUGUCAGUUUGUGCAUAAAAGUACGAAAAAAAAGUUGGUUCUAAAACAGAAUCCCUCUACCUAUAACCAACAGUCAACAACUCCAUCCAAAAUGCAGAGACCGUUUAGGUCAAAAUAAAGGUGUUACUUAUUUUUAUUUGUGUAAUCAUGAAUGUGUAAUUUAGACACAUUUUGGCCCUUGCUUCAUUAUAGUUGCAUACCUCUGUGUACUGUAUGUACUGUAUAUCUGUUGCCCAUAAGUCAAAUUAUAACUCACCAAAAUUAUAAAACUAGACAAGACGAGGCAAGAUUUGUAGUAAAGUCUUAAAUUUGAUAAUGUUUGCUAUGUUUUAGAGAAAUCAUGGUCUAAGAUAGCCUGAUUCAUCAGACGUUUUCACUUCGUAGAAACCGUCUGACCUCGCAGUGAUAGAAUUCGUUCGCUCCACAGUAGGUGGGUACUUUUUUUUAUUUUUUUAACCAAUCACUGCUAUUUGGUCGUGAUGUAUGUAAUGCGCCUCUAACGGGGUUAACUGGUAUAUUAAGCUUUUUCCAAAUCCUGUAGGAAGAAGGGCAAUAACGUCUUUCCCCUUGAUAAAAUUCACCAAACAUUAUCUUUAUUCCGGCUUUAAAUCCUCGAUCUCAGGAAUCGUUGACAACAUAGAAUGUCUAGCUCGUCACUGAUUGGCUGGUGCCUGAACUCGCAUUUCCGGGGUUUUUACGAACCGUCUAAUGUAUUCUGAUUCCUGACCUAGUCGCUGGAGAGAAAUGAAAUUGAGCAGAGGCACUAGGUGGCACCAGCCUGGCUAAGUCUAACCUGUCAGAUGCUCUUAAAUCCAUCAGGUUAAAAAAAUGGGCCCAUUUGUCAGAAGUGCCCCCAUUUGGACUGAUUUUGUGAUUUCAGGUGUUGAUAUUUUUGCAGUGUAACUUUUGUACAUGUGCCAAAGCUUCUGCUGGACUAGGUCUGUCACCACAUUCUGCUACAGAAAAAUGCCAAGAUAUUGAAAAUACUUUACACCAGUGACAAAGCAACAGGAGAAUCCCUGUGACCUUUGUCCAUUUGGACUAUAUGGUGAAAAUGUGGUCAGCAAUUCAUAAAUUGCACUUAUUUAGUAGCUAGAUGGUAAUUAUUUGACCAAGUACAUGUUAUUAUAAGCUGAAAGGCACUAUACCAGAUUUUUUUAGUGUUUAGAGACAUGAAAAACAGGACUAUCUCAUUUUAACCAGUUUACAGUGGUCCAGAGGUAUUCCUCACUUACCUUAUGCAUUCAGAGCACCCUAAUUAUUCACCACUAUGAGUUUAUAAGCACUUUCACAACUUUCAGACACCAGAGCAGCUUUUUGCCAUCACUAUGCUAGCAAUCCUGACCACAGCUAGCAUGCUACAGUGUAUUUCCUGCUUCUUUGACAAUAAAACAUUUUGAAUUACAUUCACAUACACUGCCAACUUAUUUUGACUUCAAAAGUUGCUUAUACAACGUAUGUACUGGAUCGAGACACAUUUGAUUCAAAUACUCAAUUCUUCCAAUAAAAAAAUCGACAAACACCUUAAAUACUAAAUAUGACUAAAGACUAAAAAUUCCCCCCUAAUGCAAAGAAAGGGUUUUGUUCUAUUAUGUAAUGCGUAGGUUGAUAUAGUAAUUCUGGUGACAGGCCUACACUGGACCACACAACCUUUAGUGCUUGUAACGAUGAGCCAUGGACCCGUCUCUCCCCAGAUGACUCCGGUCAUUUCAGACUAUUUAUUCAAGAUGAUCAAUACCUCUGUUCUGGACGCUGUUGCACUGUAUACUUCUUUUUGCAAGUAUAUGGUUUGUUUUGCAAUGGACCAUUUCUGCUGUAGUAAGUUUGUACAAAUGGGAGAGUUAUUUUUCUGGAGAAUUUUUACUAAGUAUUACGGUACAUUUAUUUUCUAUGUGACAUUGUGUCCUGUGUACAAUAUUGCCAUUAUUCAGAAAAAGAAUUUUCAGAGCAAAUGUGCACUGCUCCAAUAAACUGUAAACGAUGACGGUUGUUUUUUUGUUUUGUUUUGUUUGUUUUGCUUUGUUUUUAAAUUUGGGAAAAAUUACAAAGUUUUCAACCAAUUUGUAUAAUGUGGGAAAUGUUUGCAUGACUAUAUGGCACAUUCUCAAAUGCAUGCUACACUAUUGCGUAACUGUAGGUAGCAUUGUUUAUUUUUUUAAAAAGUAUUGUGGAGGAAAAAAAUCUAAAAAUUUCUAAAUCACUAUUCAAAGUGCCGCAUAAUGAAUUGUUAUAACUAAAACAGGAAAAGGCCUGUAAUGUGUUUGGAGAAGUAGACAGAAGGACAAUGGACACCCAUGAUCUGAAAGAGCUCUUUAGUCCAUUCCAGGAAAAGCAAUACCAUCUCCUAGUAAAACUUUAAGUCUCAUUCCCAAAUAACCUAAAUGUACAGGCUCUUUAGGUGUAUCAGAGUUCUUCGCAAACUAUCUCAUGAAUUCUUCCCAAAUGUUCUUCUGUCUGCUUUUCCAAGUGGAGGCCUCCUGAGCAUUUGAGCCUGGUGCGUCCUGUCCCACUCCCGCCCUCUUCCAUACACUCUAUCAAUAAAUGGACAUGGUUAAUCUGCCUGGAUGGGUGUGAGGUGGUUCCUUUGAGGUCUGGUUGCAUUCUCAUGGUCCUUCUGUCAGUAACUGCAGCGGUCAGGCUCCUCAUUCUGACCUUAAAGCUUUUGAACCCUCUACAUAAUUCUGGGGUUUUAUUUCACUAUUUUGUCCCUAAAUCAAGAUAUGAACAUUAAUAACAGACCAAACAGGUGUUUUUUUUUUGUUUUUGUUUUUUACUCCAGCAGCAACAGCAACAGCCUUGAUUGACAGCCUUAUGGUUAACCAUCCGUCCUGGCCAAAGCAGCUGGGCUGAGGAGACAAGGACCUGCAACAACCUCUCACUCCUGAUUGUGUCCUUGGUUGCAGAUUAGCCACUUUAACUUUAACCUUGAUUGGCUUCAUUUGGGUGUAAGUGAACGCUCUGGGAUACAUUACACUCCUUCAGUCCAGUUCUAUACAGUUUCUGCCCAUUGCUCCUCUCCGGCCCUUCUCCACACGACUCCUCUCUUGUUGAAUGUUCUUGGCUGGACUGUGGGUAGUGCUGCUGUGCAGGACCUAGUUCUCCUCACACCUCCAUAUCACACAUGUCCAGAGCACAUCAGCGUUAUUCCUUCAUAUGACUUUAUCACUGUAAUCUACAUAUAACGCUGUUGCUGCUUGGUUUGUGAUUAACAGUUGGCACCAUCUUGUUUUUGUUGUGGUUAAAGCCUGGUUUCAGCCAAUGAAUGGUAAAAUAAGCCCUUAAAUGAAUAGGUUGUGUUCAUGUUCUAAAAUGUAAUGUCAUUAUUUUAGAUGGUGGGAAAGAGCCUAUAGGUGUUUUCAGACCGACAGAAUUGUGCCGGUGCCGGUUCCCACACCUAAUCUUGAACCCACUCACAUGUUCAUGCUGGAAAUCAGAGCGUUCAGGAACCGAAAAGUUGGUCCCUAACAGGAAACAAGUAAAACUUGUUUUUUCUAAGUGAACCGUGACAACACAGAAGACGUCAACACACGCUGGGUCACACACAGUAAAAUAAACAAAGAGCAAUUGAAACUAUCACAUAUUAAAUUAAAAGUUUUAAGUCUACAGAAACUAUUAUGUACCGAUGGUUUUGCAUGUGUCCGUGUUCGCCUGAUAAGAUUACAUCUUUGUAUUGGGCCUCGCUGCCUCUUCCACAGCAGAUGGAUGUUGUAGCAGAGCUUGGCGCACAUAAAGAAUGACUUGUAGAAGUACAAAUGCUCGCUGGUGUUGAUGACGUGAUCUAUGAUUUUUAUUUUCCUCUCUGUGACGUCCGUUUUCAUAUGGCCUUGUUUUUAUUGGUGGUAAAUCCACAGCCUCUGUCGAUGACGUGUCAUGGGUUCACGUAAAUAGUAUGAACGUGGUUCGUUCACCAGUGAGAACUUUGUUUCCCAGUGGAACUGGUGUGGGAACUGGCCCCAGCACCAUUCGGACCGGCCUGAAAACAGUUUAUGAAAGAGUUACAGAUUUUUAAAGAAAUCUCAAAAUUUAUGAUCUGCAAAUGUUUCUCCUUCUCAUCAUUUGUUUGAGAUCAGCUCCGCAAACUUGCCAUAUUAAUCUUAUGACUUAAAGUCCUUUUAACUGACUACAAUCACGUUGCCAGCUUUUAUUUCAUAUGGAUAGGCCCAGUAAUUAUAGAGAUAUGAACCAUAAACCAAGUCACACAUCGCUAAUCUGACUCCACCUAAGAGCUCUCACCUAUCUCCACCUCUGGUUUAAUGAAUUCUAAUUUUAUGCUGUGAUGUCACGUGAAACCAACCUAUUUCAUAUUGGAUUGUCUAUUAGCUAAAGUGUUACUGGGGGGAGGGGUCCUGGUCUCUGUGGAGUCCAGACGGAGUCCUGGGGCUCUCCAGGUGACAUGUUUGUACUGUCCACUGCUGUAGAUCCUGGUGUAGCGUUAGCUUAGCAUUCAGGUUCAUUCUCACAUUGCUCUUUAAAGAUUGUGAAUGUCUCCAUGCAAUGUGUGUGUAUGCAAAAAGACUAAAGUGAUUUUUACAUUUGCUCCUGUUUUUAUAAGAAGUGUAUGUAAAGUGUCUUUGUGAAUAAAACUCUUCAAAUGUG